AAAAGAAUGAAUAAACAUUGUUUAAUUUCAUUUUUAUUUUAGCAGGUAAUGAAGUUUGUUUACACUAAAAUAUAUAGGCGAUUUACACUGUCAAAUAUUGUUGUUUACCAGUUGUUUACUGUCAUUUAACUGUUUACAUAUUACGUGUAUAAUAUUCGGUCUGGCACACCUUGAUUAUUAUUAAUAAAAUUAAUUAAUUGUUAAUAAAAUUAAUUACAACAAUGACAGCAUACAAAUGUGUUCAAUUAUCAUCAGGAUUCAAUAUGCCAAUGGUUGGCUUGGGUACUUUUCAGAUCACUGGUGUUAAUCGAAUUCAACAAGUUAUUGAUGAUGCCAUACGUGUUGGCUACAGAUCUAUAGAUACUGCUGAAGUUUACCGUAAUGAAGAAGAUAUAGGUUUUGUAUUGAAUCAAGUGUUGAAUAAAUAUAAUUUAACAAGAGGUGAUAUAUUUCUUACAACAAAACUAUCACCAAGUUCACAUGGUGAUCCAGAUAAAAUUAUAAAUUCUGUUUAUACAUCAUUGAGAGCUCUUGGUACAUCUUACAUUGAUCUUUACUUGAUACAUUGGCCUGGAGCAUCAAGAAUUCCAGAAUCUGCUAGUAAAAACAUUGAAUUACGUACGACAACAUGGCAGACACUUGUUGAAUUAAAAAAUAAAGGUGUUAUUAGAUCAAUUGGAGUAUCAAAUUACAAUAUUCGUCACUUGGAACAGUUACUUAAAAAUUGUGGAGGUGUUAGACCAGCUGUUAAUCAAGUUGAAUGUCAUCCUCACUAUCGUCAAGCUGAGCUAAUUGAUUUUUGUAAAAAAGAAAAUAUUCAUGUUCAAGCAUAUUCAUCACUUGGAACAAGCACAAAUGUUUCAUUGAUAAAAGAACCACGAGUUUGUCAAAUUGCUAAAGAACUUGAUGUAUCACCAGCUAGAGUUUUAUUAAAGUGGGCAUUACAACAAGAUAUUAGUGUCAUUCCAAAAGCAAGUCAAACUUCUCACAUUGAGGAUAAUUUUAAUUUGGAUUUUAAACUUAGUGAUGAACAUAUGACAAGAUUGUCUGAUUUAUCACAAAAAAAAUACGCCUGGAAUCCUGAUAAUGUUAUUUAAAAUAUUGUCAUUUACAUUUUAACAUUUAUAAAAUAUAAAAAAUGAAUAACUUUGAAGACACAAUAGCACAAUUGUGCUUGAACAAAUAUCAUUCAUUAAAAAAAACUGGCAAACCAAUUGCAACAGAAUGGACUGUAUUAUCAGGAAUUGUUAUGAAAAAUAAUGAUAAUAAUUUAAAAGUUAUUGCACUUGCAACUGGUACAAAAUGUCUAGGAAUUAAUGAAUUAAUUGAUAAUAAAAUUAACAUUGGUAAUAGAUUGCAUGAUUCACAUGCUGAAGUGUUAACAAGACGUGCCUUUUUACGUUAUUUAUACAUUGAAAUUGAAAAAUUAUUAAAUAAUGAAAAUAAUUUAUCUGAUAUAUUCAUAUUAAAUACAUAUAAAA